AUGCCGCCUCAUUUUUCAAAGCGGCUCCAGCUUGGCAAGUUUCCUGUACAACCACCCACACUCUACACCCUCGCUACGAUCUCCACCAUCACGACCAUCCUCACCACCGGUAGCACUCGUGGUAUUGGCCUCGCCUUCACCAAGCACUACGCCAAGGCUGGUUGGAAUGUCAUCGACACGGCACCGUGCCAUUGCUACACGACCGAGACUACAGGCUUCUUCAAGCAAAGCUAUUUGUCCUCCAAGGUGGCACUCAACAGGAUUACUCGAUCUCUAGCGUCGAUCUACAACCUAGCGGCCAUGGUCAGUCUUAUUGGCAAGCUAAACCAUGAAAGCACGGGCAAAUUCUAA